AUGGAAGAAAUAAAGUCCAAACUUGAAGAAGCCUUUGGAUUGCCCAAUUGUUGUGGAGCCAUAAAUGGUACACACAUCAUUACAACCCUUCCUACCGUUCAAACAUCAGACGAUUGUUGUGACCUGGAGGACAACUACAGCAUGCUCUUUCUGCAGCGAAUUGUUGUUUCUUGGCGUUGUAACUGGUUGGCCUGGGGGAAUGAUGGUGUCUAG